AUGACAAAUUUAUCAUUUGCAGAGGGAAGCUCCACAAACUUUCUCAGAAUGGGUUCAAAUGCAUACGACAUUGUUUUCUGCAAUUUUACUCUCCACUGGAUGCCCGAAAAACAACAAGUCUUAAACGACAUGUUUUCAAGUCUUAAAGUUGGUGGGAAGAUAGCCUUACACUACAAUGACCAUAUGCCCCCGUUUAUGAUGAAUGCGUUCAAAGAACUCAAUCUUGAAAAGGUAGAGAGCAUCUUCCAGAUGUAUCAUAUCGAACCGAAAUCCAGGAUCGAGCAGUAUUGUUUAUCCGCAGGCUUCAAAAUUAUCAAGAGUUACGAGUCUUACACCGAAGAACUUGCUUUCGAAACCGACGAAAGCCUUCUGAACUGGCUUUGGUCGACAACACACAGGGUGUUUGAUCUGUCACUUGUAACAGAGGAGCGUCUGCAAAGGUAUUCAGCAUUGUGUGGAUCCAACGACGAUGUCAACAGCUCUCAACAGCCAAAAUUCCAGUCUGGCAAAACUCCAUUGUGCCGUCUGAUAGCUGUAAAGCAGAGUUAA